UGACCCGAAUUCCACAUAAUUUCAAUUCACCGGCUAUGUCGGCACUACACUAUUCUCUCCGUUCAAGCUCGUUUGCUUCAACCAUUCUUCUCCUCUUAACAAUCAUCCCCUUAACUCUCGCCCUUUUCGCCUUCAUUCUCCAAUGGCGCGGCGGUGGAGUCGACGAUCCCGUUACUCGUUGGUCGCCGGAGGAAUCUCGCAAGUUUCCCGGUAUGGAUAGCUCACCUUUGUCUACUGUAGAACACUCCUCUUCUUCUGAUUGUGUCAACCUCGGAAAGAGUUCUUCACCGUCAUUUCCUUACUAUCGCGAUUGGAAGUUUAACAUCGGAUCCGAUCUCAAACCAAAGAUAUGUAUUACGACAAGUACAUCUGCCGGAUUGAGUCAGAUUCUCCCUUGGAUGUUCUAUCAUAAGGUUAUUGGCGUUAGUACGUUUUUCCUAUUCGUUGAAGGGAAUGCUGCAUCUCCUAGCGUUUCUAGGGUUCUUGAAUCAAUUCCUGGUGUAAAAGUCAUAUACAGAACAAAAGAGCUAGAAGAACAACAGGCUAAAAGCCGCAUCUGGAAUGAGACAUGGUUAUCGAGCUUCUUUUAUAAACCGUGUAACUUUGAGCUUUUCGUGAAGCAAUCUCUCAACAUGGAGAUGGCUAUAGUAAUGGCAAGGGAAGCUCACGUGGAUUGGAUAAUGCAUCUUGAUACCGAUGAAUUGAUACAUCCGGCGGGUGCUAAAGAGUAUUCUUUGAGGCAGUUACUGGCUGACGUGCCUGCAAAUGUGGAUAUGGUUGUUUUCCCCAAUUAUGAGAGUAGUGUUGAACGAGAUGAUAUCAAGGAACCUUUUACAGAGGUAUCAAUGUUCAAGAAGAAUUACGAUCAUCUUCCAAAGGAUACGUAUUUUGGAAUGUAUAAGGAGUCAACUCGUGGUAAUCCUAACUACUUUUUGACAUAUGGAAAUGGUAAAGCAGCUGCUCGAGUUCAGAAUCAUCUUCGUCCUAAUGGUGCUCAUAGAUGGCACAAUUACAUGAAAACCCCAAAUGAAAUCAAACUCGAAGAAGCUGCUGUUCUACAUUAUACAUACGCUAAGUUCUCAGACUUGACUUCAAGACGAGAUCGAUGCGGCUGCAAGCCUACGAAAGAUGACGUCAAGCGUUGCUUCAUUUUGGAAUUCGACAGAUCUGCCUUCAUUAUUGCUUCGACUGCUACUGAAGAGGAAAUGCUAGCAUGGUACCGCGAACAUGUUGUAUGGACAGACAAAUCACUGAACACCAAAUUGCUGAGAAAAGGAAUUAUGGCACGAAUAUACGCUCCCAUGGCCAUAAUCCAAGGUUUAAAGGAAUCUGGUAUUUUUGUAUCAAUUAUUUCAUCUGCCCCAUCAAACCUAACAAAGGACUUUGAUAGUUCAAACUUAACAACAACGAGAAAGAUGGUUAGAGAUACUGUGGCUCAUGCUACUUCCAGGAAAAUUUUAGAAACCGAAAUCUUAGAAGCAGCUGUCCCGCCUUUAUCCUCUCCCGGAAUGGAUGAAAAUGGCGACGAGACGAUCUUCCAUCUGUAAAUCGCGGCCUUUUUCAGCUUGAUUUUUUGUGCCAUUUGUAUGAUCUGGUUGUGUAUCUGCAUAGAGAGGGCUUUUUGUGUGUAUAUUAGAAAAUGAUAAUUUGUAAGACUAUAUAAUAUAAGAUAUGAUUUUUAUUAUAAUUUCAAAAAGUUACAUAAAAUACUAUUAU